GCUGCCCGGUGCCGCCCUGCGUCCCUGCAGCGCCUCCCCGGGGCCCGGCCUCGCUGCUCCGCGGCAAUCCCGCUGCUGUGGCUGGCCCCUGCCCGGCUCCUCCUCGCCGCUCGGGCUGCAUCGCCCGGACCCCUGGGCAGCCUCCCGCCCGGUGCUCCUGGAUAGGUCGGGGGGCAGCCCCUCCUGGCCUCCGCGGUGCAGCUGCAGCAGCAUCCCGAGAGGCUGGCUGCCGCCUGCCGGGUGCAUCCCCCUGGGGCGGCUGGGCGCCGCCGGGGCUGCCCGCAGUCCUGCCAGAUGCCUCUGAGCUUAACGCUGGGGCUUUGCAAUAGGAUGGCUCGUGCGUGAGUCGGGAAUGGGGGGGGGGGAGAAACGAUAUGACCCAUGAACUGCACUGCAGGCGGUGUGAACCAUGGCCCUGGCCGCUUGUGAGACGCAGCAACGUAGUACACUAGCGGGAUUGCUGCUGUGGUCUGACAUUAAACCGCAACGGGCUGUGUGCGUGUGUGGUUGUGCCUCCGGCUGCCGAGAUGUGCAGACGCGUGAAAAACGAGGCAGGGAGGAACUAGGUCUGGCAGUGCGGUGUUCUUAUUAUUUAUUAUUAAUAAUUUGUAUUGGUGUAACGUGCAGAAUCCCGAGGCAUGGACCAGGGCCCUAUUGUCCUGGGCGCUCACUGUAGUGUAGACACAUAAUAGCGUCUCUGGUCGUGUCAAAGGGAACCUCAGACUCAGCAGGAUAGUUAAAGUAGAGGGGGCCAGGUCCUGUUUGUUCUCUCCUCCCCCAGCACUUUCCUAUGGCUGUGAUCACAGUGAAUUUGAUAGUUACUCCUAUCCUUGCUACCUCCAAUGGGUUUACAAACAGAUUUCCACAGGUCCCAAAAUGAAACACCAUGGAUACGGCUAGCCACAGUUUAGUCCUCCUGCAGCAGUUGAACAUGCAGCGUGAGUUUGGCUUUCUGUGUGACUGCACCGUUGCAAUAGGAGAUGUUUACUUCAAGGCCCACAGAGCGGUGCUAGCUGCUUUUUCGAGCUACUUUAAGAUGAUAUUUAUUCACCAGACAAGUGAAUGCAUAAAGAUUCAGCCUACAGAUAUCCAACCAGACAUAUUCAGUUACUUGUUGCACAUCAUGUACACUGGAAAAGGUCCAAAGCAGACUGUCAACCCCAGCCGGCUGGAGGAGGGCAUUCGAUUUCUCCAUGCAGACUACCUUUCCCAUAUUGCAAUUAAAAUGAACCAGAUACUUUCCCCAGAGACGAUGCAGUCUUCAAACUUAUAUGGAAUUCAGAUUUCAACCGCACACAAAGCAACAAAGGAAGGUCUUGGAGCAAAAGAAAAUCUGACAAAUGCCAGCAACAGGUCUGCUAACCCGGGCGAUCACCCACAGUUACAGCUCUCACUUGCCAUUGGACUAGAUGAUGGUACCCUCGAACAACAGAUCACCCAUCCUUCCACCCAAGCAACUGGGGUUGCCAAACCAAUGGAGGAGCUUCAGAAAUCAUCUGUGUCUAUAAAGCAGGAGAAAUGUGACCCCGAGCCAGUGGUGUCCCAAAGUCACGUGUCGCCCACUCCAGAUGUUUCUAGAACUAAUCUCAAAAUGCAUUUAUGUCAUUACUGUGGGGAACGCUUUGAUUCCCGUGGCAAUUUGCGGGAACACUUGCACACUCAUGUCUCCGGCUCACUUCCCUUUGGCGUCCCAGCCUCCAUCCUAGAGAGCAAUGACCUUGGUGAAGUGCAGCCUAUUACUGAAAAGGGGGAAGCUAUUGAAAGUCAUCGGCUUGGUACCUUCCUAAGGAAAGAGAAGGAGCAUCCGUCAGAACAUCCAAACCAUGGUAACACAGAGCCCUUACAGUAUGGCCAGUGGUCGCUAGUCUCCAAAGACACUGAGCCUGUGGAGUUAAACUGCAACUUUUCUUUUUCAAGAAAGAGAAAAAUCAGUUGUACAGUCUGUGGCCACAAAUUUCUCCGAAAGAGCCAGUUGCUGGAACACAUGUACGCCCACAAAGGGAAACAAUACAAAUAUAACCGAUGCCAAAGGUUUGGUAACCCAGUAGCCCACAGGUUUCAUCCUUAUUGUGACAGUUGGUCUGACUGUCCAGUAAAAAGUGCCAGGCUCUCUCAAGAUCACCUAGAUUCAUCAUGUGCAUCGGAGUCUGAUCUUGCUCCAGAAAACGUUGAUGCAAUCCUCGUAGAAUAGCUUUGUACGUUGCCUCUGAUAAGCUGAAACUGUGAAUGCUUCACUUUGUUUGUGUCCUUUCAUUUUGCUGAAUGUUCUGGGUACUCUUCUGAAGUUUUGGCUUCACCGAACAGCUCUGUCUUGAGCGAGAUGGGGCUGUAACAACUAUGUACACCCUUUUACUUGUAUAUUUAAACUUUAAAAUCCAAGUUGAUUAGAGAACUAGCUAUUUGUCGGCAAUGUCCAGAUAACUUAGAUCAGUCUUUCAUAAAUGAAUUGUGCAUUACCCAAGAUGAGAUUGUAGAAGUUAGUGAGUGUGGGGUUUAAGCAUCUAGCAUACUGAGCAGAACUUUAGGACUGUGUGUGUCUUUAGAAUUAUUCUGAAACCAAAGUGGGUGGAAUGUAUUCAGAGGAUAUUACUUUUCUUGGUUAGGUUUUUUUUUUUUUUUUAGGUUAAUAUCAAUUCCCUAGAAAGAGAGAAUACCCCAAAGUACAGAGGACAUGGGGGAAAUGAACAAGCUACAGCAAUUAAAACCUCAGGCUGUUCCCUUUUCUGGUAAUCCUGGAGGUUGAUGUAGAGAUAGUGACCCUGGUUCGGCAAAACCAUUUGCAGCCCCAUUGACUUUGAAUACAUUCAGAGUCAAUACAUGAAGUGUGGCAUCUGCUUAAGUGCUUUGCUGCAGGAGAACUAAUGUGCAUCCUUCCCCAUUCCAAGCCCAGCAGGCCUGCCCCUGCUUGAUCACUCCCCUCCACAAAUGUGGAACCAAAUCCUACUGAAGCCUUUCAAAGGGUCCCAUUAAUGAAUCUUCCUCUGUAAGAUGGAAUGAGAUCCAGGCAAAGAGUCCCCUCCAAGAGGAUCUAAGAGGCAGUGGUUCUUAACUGGGGGUCGAUGGACCCCUUGCCCUUUCAAGGGGGCCAUGGGGCCCCACAGCUGAAGCCCCGAUCCCCAGUGCCCCCUGCUGUGCUGAAGCCGGGGGAGGCUCAGGGCUGAAGCCCUGAUCCCCGAAACCCCCCCACGGGGUUGAAUCCCUGAGCCCUGGUGCUCCCUGUGGAGCAGAAACCCUGAGCCCAUGGUGGGCAGAGUUGGGGAUGUGGAGGGCAUUGCCCCCUCCCCCCCCAAACUGCAGCGCAAGAUCAAGGCAGUCCCAGGGGCGGCUCCACACCUCCCCUGAGUCCCCCCUCAUCUCCUCUCCCCGCCCCCUGGCCAGGUUGGAGGUUGGAAGCCAGAGCCGGGCAGUGCAGGGCAGCUGCUGCUUUGGCUGGUGCCACGGAGCAGGCAGCCACAGCGUUCCUUCCUCUCCUGCUUGUACCCCAGGUUGAAGCCGCUCAUCAGCUCCCAUCCCCCUUUGCUCCUGCAGAGGCAGCUGGUAAGAGCCGCCCGGGGGGGAGACCCAGCUCCAUGGCUGGCAGACCCCUCCAGGAACAGGGACCGCAGGGGAGUCCUCCCAGCACACACCCCUAAUACCCCUCUCCCUACACCCUGAGCUACGCCCUCCCUGCACACUGAGCUACCCCCUGCCCGCACACAGCCCUUAGUACCCCUCUUCCUGCACCCUGAGCUACCCCCUGCCCGCACACAGCCCCUAGCCACCCCCCUCCCUACACCCAUCCCCACCCCGUGUGCACACAGCGUAGGCACCGACUUCCCUGCUUUCCCGUGGGUGGGUGCUUGCUCGCUCCCCGUCUGCCCCCGGCUCUGUCCCCACUCAACCCCUUCCAUGAGGCCCCUGCCCCGCCUCCAUUCCAACCCCUUCCCCAAAGUCUCCGCCCCCUCCCUGCCAACAUUCCAACUCCAUCCCCAAAUUCCCACCCCAGCCCCUCUUCUUCCCCUGAGCAUGCCACGUUCCUGCUCCUCUCCCUCUCUCCCGGAGCAUGCCAGUGCUGCCAAACAGGUGUUUGGCAGCGGCCAGGUGGGAAACGCUGGGAGGUAGGGGGAGAAGCGGGGACACGGUGCACUCAGGGAGGGGUAUAAGGGGAGCUUGGCUGCUGGUGGGUAGGGAAUUAUGGGAAAUUUUGGGAAAUAACUUUCCCCAAUAAUAAUUUUGGGAAAUAAUGGGAAAAAUUAUGGGAAAAAACUACUGAGUCGGCGCCUGUGCACACAGCCCCAGCUACCCGCUGCGCACAGCCCCUAGCUACCCGCUCCCUCCAUCCUAAGCUGUUUUCAAACUUUUUUGAGCUAAGUGCCCCCACCUUUGAGUUAUAAUUUAAAUAUAUAAACUCCCUCCCUCCCUGGACCUCACCGUGUGGAGGUAGCUUGAGCCCUGCUGACCCCUGCCCCCCCAAAUACAAGUCAAACUACACCUAUUCCCAAGAUCCCUCCCCCAGGACGCCCCCCACCUCUCCUGGGCCCUGGAGUUUUUAUAGUAUGUCGAGGGGGGCCUCAGAGAGAAAAAGGUUUAGAACCCCUGAUCUACGGGACACCAUCUCUUUUAAAAAAAAAUCCUUUUCCGCACUACAAGUUAUUUCUACAUAUGAACAGCUUUGGAUAAUAUGCUCCUAACUACUAGGGUUAUGUGAACAUUAAAAACCCAUAGAUAAGGAACAUUGUCUCUUUUUGGGCUCUUCUACAACCGUAAUACUAUUCAGAUAGAAUUUUUGUAUGCCUUUGUUAUCAUUUCCUGCAUAUCUCAAAAAUGUAUUCUUCCAAGUCAGUUACAAAUGUGCAUUCACAUGCAUUCUGACCUCAGGUUAAUAUUUUGCU